CUCGAGAAUACAACCGUUUACAGCUAGUAUUGACGAGUCUAAGACCGUCGCCUCUUGGAUUGGAAUCCAAUCAACUCCAAGAAUUGACAGCGGGAAGUCAGAUCCUCACUUUAGACAUUGACAUUGACGUCAAGUUGGAUGAGAGAUCUUACUUACAAGUGCGAAACCCGUUCGGGAGACGACGACUUCCUUGGCCUUGAGCUCAAUGAGAAAGUUGUAUAAAUUCGGCAUGCUUCCUUUGACAACCAUGCAGUUAGUAGCAUCUUCCACAGCAGUAAAGUAAGUACUCAACUAUUUCACGAUAACUCUCACACCUUAGACCUAAACUCCACCACACCCAAUCAGCCAUGAUGCGGACAUCUAUUCCCUCAAUGCUACUCGGCUCGUGCCUAGCGAUGCUACCUUGGUCUGCUACAGCAGCACCAACGCCGGAUCCGGAAGCACAGAAACUCGCUGAUCCAACAUACGGCCCCAUCCCGGGACAGUCGACCCUCUUCAGCGACUACAAGGGCAAAGCGCCUCCAUUCCCAGGCAAUAUUACUGCCCCGAUCCUUCCUACAGCUUCUGGGGACCCGGGGCCAGACGACCAAGUCUGGCAAAAUCUUUUGGCAGCUGAGUGGGCUAUCUUCAGCUUCUAUCAACAGGGCGUCGAAGCCUUCAACACUUCCUCUUUUGUCGCUGCUGGCUUCCCAAACACAACUUACGAUCGCAUCACGGAAAUCCGUAACAACGAAGCGGGACAUCUGCGCAUCUUCCAGAACCAGAUCUCCAACACCAGUGUCAAGCCGGGGUCAUGCAAGUACGAGUAUCCAUUUGUGGACGCCACGAGCUUCUUGGCAUUGACCACGUACCUCGAAGUCGCCAGCAUGGCUUUCUUGACCGGUCUGGUCCAAGAACCUAAGAGCGAGGCCGCGCGUGGCGCCAUGGUCGCUAUCGCAACAGUAGAGUCGAGGCAUGAGACAUGGUCGUUGCUGGACGUCUGGGGGGCGAACCCGUUCUCUGGACCGAGCGAUACUGUGUUCCCCUACGCCAACGAGAUUCUCGACCUGACAAACGCCUUCAUCGUGCCGGGAAGUUGUCCAUCCACGAAUCCAGAGUAUCCCAGCCCGAACCAGCACCUUCCGGCCAUGUCAGCCGCGACUGGGACAAAAUCUAUUGCUCCGGGGUCCGAUGUUUCGUUCAACUUUACGAACGCAGCUGACCAGCCAGAAUUUGACGACGGAAAGAGCUACUACGCGGUUUUCUUUCACGCUGUUGGAAAUACUAGUGUCUCGGUUGAUGUAUCAGGAUGGGAAUCUAGGGAUCUUGUCAACGUGACAAUUCCAGCCGAGUUCGAGACCAAGGGAAUUAUCAUCGCCGUGUUGGCAGAUUGUCCAGGAGCUCCUGAAUUGGAUACGGUCGUGGCUGGACCCAGUAUAUUACUGCAGCAACCAGCACCCAUUGGUCUGCUUCUGGCUUGAAGAAUGUAGACACCACUGGCCUGGAAUUAUCAUCGCGUAGAGAUUAGUGAUAGGAAUAUGACUCUUUAGCAGAAACCCAUAGCCGGGGCAAUCCGAACCUCGAAAAUCCUAUCACCCAAGUCAUCUACCGCUUGACGGCAACCAGUAGUCUCAGGUUAGUGGUCCUCGUCUCCACCACAGCUUGAGUUUCAAUUCGCUUGACUCCCACCAAACUUGGACUGCGGAAGAGCUCCGGCAGCCCACAGGACCAGCGGGCAUUCAUCUCGCUUGAAUCGGUCUAUUAGUC